GCUCCACCCGCGCCUAUCGCUGUCAGCGGGAGGGAUGGAGGGCGGCGCCGAUCCGGAGGAGCAGCAGCAGCAGCAGCAGCAACAGCAGAAGAAGAAAAUGAGCUCGGAGCGGAGGAGAGCCGAGCUCCGCCGGAGAAAGCUGCUGCUGAACUCGGAGGAGCGGCUGAACCGUAUCAUGGGUUUCAGUAGGAGCGGGCCGGGCCCGGAAGAGGAGAACCGAACAGAUUCUCUUCCACCGUUUGAACUGGAGAAGACAGAGUCGCUGCAAAAUUCUAGCCUUCCAAAAAGAACCCCAGGAAUCUCAAAUGAAACUGCUGAUGGCUCAGUGGCAUCCAUUCAUUACACUAACGGAAAAGAGCUUCAACAACCAUAUUCUGUAGACACAAGAGACUCGCUUAGCAAAAUUAAUGAGGCUGACAAUAGUUUAGGGCCAGGAAAUCGGCACUUAGGCAAAUCUGAUGUACCGAUAGAGCAGGCCCAGCGUGCUCCACGUCGUGGUAUUGAGCAGUAUAUAUCAAGAUUUGAUGAAGCAAUGAAACUUAGAAAUCAGCUGAUGAAUGAGAAGUCCAAUCAUGAAAAUGGAGGCGGAGCUGAAGAGUUUGGUACAUUCCGUGUUUUCCGAUUAGUAGGGAGUGCGCUGCUAGCCUUAAUGGUUCGAGUCUUUAUUUGCAAAUACUUGGCUAUUUUUGCUCCAUUUCUUACUCUUCAACUUGCAUAUAUGGGCUUAUCAAAGUACUUUCCAAAGAGUGAAAAGAAGGUAAAGACUACAGUACUGACUGCUGCCCUGCUUCUGUCAGGAAUCCCUGCUGAAGUCAUCAACCGCUCUAUGGAUACAUAUGGAAAAAUGGGAGAUGUGUUUGCAGACCUGUGUGUCUAUUUUUUCACCUUUAUAUUUUCUCAUGAAGUAAUUAUUUUUAUUGGUGUUGAUUUGCCUUGAUGUCAUUGGGGCAUGAGAAGGAGACAAGAACAGUACAAGUUUUGUUUAUCUAACUUUGCCAUUUCCACAAUGUCAUUCAUCAGUCUUAAUGGGCACUGGAUUUUUCAGAAAGUUGCAGGCUAUCAAACCUUUUCCUGAAUUACUGUAUUCAGAAAUAUCUGAAAUAAAAAAAUUGAACAGAGAAAACUAAAUUGUUAUAAGCUAGGAAAAGAUUUUGCAGAGAUUUUAGCUCCACAUAUUAGUGUUAUUUAUGAACCAGGUACAAGAAGAAAUAUUCUUCCUUUUAAUUUAGGCACAUUUUGAUGUUAAAUGUUACGUUGGCACAGUUUUCGAAAGCCGAGUUCAAAAUGUAUAAAAAUUUCAUGUUUGGCUGCACAUACAUCUGCAUCUAAAUGAGAUAACAAGGUGUAGAGCUGGAUGAACACAGCAGGCCAAGCAGCAUCCGAGGAACAAGAAGGCUGACGUUUCAGGCCUCGUCUAGGCCUGAAAUGUCAGCCUUCCUGCUCCUGAUAUGCUGCCUGGCCUGCUGUCCUUGUCAAGCCCUACACCUUGUUAACAGAUUCUCCAGCAUCUGCAGUUCCUACUACAUCUGCAUAUAUAUGUCUGCUUAUAAACCAUCUGUAGUGCAAUAAAAAUGCAGCCUUUAGCAUAGGCAUUCUUUUGUUUGAAAAGUUAACAUGACUGUGAAUAUUACAAUUAUCUAUUUGACAUCUAUCUGCAUUGGUUUGAUACCAUGCUCUACUGGGAAGAUCCCAAUGUCCAGUGUGUUUCUUAUUUGACUUUAAUUGUAACAUAUUGUGAUUAAGUUAUUUUACCCAUGUUUUGUAUUUAUAUUGUAUUAAAUCAUCUUGGUUGUAGUAACUUGUUGGAUACUAUACAUUUCCUGUAAGUUGUCAAGGAGCAGAACAAACAUUUUCAUUGUGUGAUUUAAGAUUCAUUAAAAAUUAAAUGCAUAACA